GAACUGGAGGCACAAGUUCCUUCUUCCUCAGCCUUAACUUCAUUUCCCAGAAGGUUUGGGCUGUGUUCUGCUGCUACAGCCAUGGCACCCAAGAAAAAUAAGAUGACCAAAAAGAGCAAAGGAGACAUAAAUGAAAUGACCAUAAUGGUUGAGGACAGCCCCAUCAACAAGAUUAACGGGUUAAACACUCUGUUAGAGGGAGGAAAUGGCUUCAGCUGCAUUUCAACUGAAGUCAAUGAUUCUGUGUAUGCCCCAAACCUCCUGGAGGGUUUGAGCAGCAUGAGACAGGAUAGCUUCCUCUGUGAUCUAACAGUCGCCACCAAGUCGAAGUCAUUUGAUGUCCACAAAGUUGUCAUGGCCUCUUGCAGCGAGUACAUCCGAAACAUCUUGAAGAAAGAUUCGUCCCUCCAGAAGAUCGACCUGAACGAGCUGUCACCAGUUGGCCUCGCCACAGCAAUCACAUAUGCUUAUUCUGGAAAGCUGACCCUGUCGCUGUACAGCAUCGGCAGCACGAUCGCCGCGGCCAUGCUGCUGCAGAUUGGCACCUUAGUGAAGAUGUGCAGUGAUUUCCUCAUGCAGGAGCUCAGCGUGGAGAAUUGCAUGUACGUGGCCAACAUUGCUGAUGCCUAUGACCUGAAAGAAACCAAGGAAGCCGCUCAGAAGUUCAUGCGCGAGAACUUCAUCGAGUUUUCUGAGAUGGAGCAGUUCCUGAAGCUCACCUAUGAGCAGAUCAGCGAUUUCCUCUCAGAUGAUUCCCUGCAGCUUCCUUCCGAGAUCACAGCCUUCCAGAUCGCCAUGAAAUGGUUGGACUUUGAUGAGAAGAGGUUGAAGUACGCGGCAGACCUCCUAACUCACAUCCGCUUUGGCACUAUCUCUGCCCAAGACUUGGUGAAUCACAUCCAGAGUGUGCCUAGAAUGAUGCAAGACUCCGAGUGCCACCGUCUCCUUGUCGACGCCAUGAACUACCAUCUGCUGCCAUACCAACAGAACAUCCUCCAGUCACGCAGAACAAAGGUACGCGGCGGCCUCAAGGUGAUACUCACAGUCGGCGGACGCCCUGCCCUAACAGAGAAAUCUCUCAGCAAAGACGUUCUCUACAGAGAUGCAGAUAACGUGUGGAAUAAGUUGACAGAAAUGCCAGCGAAGAGCUUUAAUCAGUGCGUGGCAGUCUUGGAUGGCUUCCUGUAUGUGGCAGGUGGUGAGGACCAGAAUGAUGCAAGGAACCAGGCUAAACACGCCGUUAGCAACUUCUGCAGAUAUGACCCCCGCUUCAACACUUGGAUUCACUUGAGCAACAUGAUCCAGAAGCGCACCCACUUUAGCCUUAACACCUUCAACGGCCUCCUGUUUGCCAUCGGCGGGCGAAACACUGAUGGUGUUCAGGCCUCGUUGGAGUGCUAUGUGCCCUCCUCCAACCAGUGGCAGAUGAAAGCUCCCAUGGAGGUGCCCCGCUGCUGUCACGCCAGCUCCCUCAUCGAUGGCAAGAUCCUUGUAUCAGGAGGUUACAUCAACAACGCCUACUCCAGGGCUGUGUGCUCGUAUGACCCCUCCACUGACACCUGGCAGGAUAAGAGCAGUUUGAGCACACCUCGAGGCUGGCACUGCGCUGCCACCGUGGGAGACCGGGCCUACGUCAUCGGUGGCAGUCAGCUGGGAGGUCGUGGGGAGAGGGUGGAUGUCCUCGCUGUCGAAUCUUACAACCCUCACAAUGGCCAGUGGAGCUACUGUGCGCCUCUUCGCACAGGGGUUAGCACAGCCGGUAUUUCCAUUUCGAACAACAAGGUCUAUCUCCUCGGAGGCUGGAACGAGGGCGAGAAGAAGUACAAGAAAUGCAUUCAGGUUUACAACCCUGACCUCAAUGAAUGGACUGAGGAUGAUGAAUUGCCAGAAGCUACAGUCGGCAUUUCAUGCUGUGUCGUCACCAUACCCACACGGAAAACACGAGAGUCCAGAGCCAGUUCAGUAUCUUCUGCACCAGUCAGUAUAUAAGGGUUUAGAUGAUAUUAAUGAUGUAGUAUACAUGUCUAAAGCUCUCCAGCUUUUCUGUUGCAUAAAUCUUGGUUCUAAACUCAACCAUUAGUCCCCCUUUGCAGGGCUAAAACGAUCAGUUAAGAUGAGUAAAAAUGAAUUAAAUGCAAGCAUCGUAAAUUUGGGAACAUGUUCUUUCGAGAUUUGCAAAAAAAAAAAGCUACAUACAUUAGAAAUUACAUUAGAAAGAAAGCAAAUUGAAGCCAGUGAUAGCAUUUUAAAGAAAAAUUCAGAAAGAUGAUGUUUUUGAUGGAGACAAACUGGACACAGCAAUAACCAACUUUAUCAUUUUUAGACCUUUGGGGCCAAUUGAGUUGGGAUAAUUUCAUUAACGCUUUUUCUAUAGCAAAGGUAAUGUUAUUCAAAACUCAAAUGAAAGGUAUAAAAAAGCUAAAUCAAUGCUGUUAUUGAGAUUAAUUUGUGACAAAGCUGUUUUUACCCAGUGCCAUCAGAUUAGUAAUACAGAUGACACAGUAAUUAAUAACACAGUUUUUAAUAUUGAAGGAUUUUGUGAAAGUCUUCAGGGCUAUAGCUUCUGUGAUUCUCAGAUACUUGAACAGAAUAUUGAGCGGCAAUAAGCUGGAGCUGGAGUAACUGUCGGCACCACCUACCAGGAGUAGGUGCUUGUGAUUUGUGUGAACAAAACACACUACAGGCUGCAGUUUCUCUACAUGUUUCUCAUGUACAGUAUUCAGUGGACUUGUGUGGUAUGUUGUGUGAUUUUCGCAAACACUAUCAGGAUUCUGUUGGGAAUGAUGUGGGUUGAAUGGGUUUAGAUGUGACAGAAACAAGCUAUUUUGUAAAAAAUAAUAACAAAAAUAGAACUUGGGGAAUGACGUUGUCAGCCUGAGCUUUCCUGGAGGUCAAUUCUCAUGAAUUCCCUGACUGCUCAUGUCCUUUAAUUUUUUGUUUGUUUUUAAAUUAAACAGAGAUGAAGUGUAAGCAACUCUGAGCCAUGGUCAUUUAUUUAUAAUCAUUUUCUUUUGUUAAUUUUGUGUGUCUUUUAAAGAAAAAAUCUAAAAGCACGCAGAAUUAUUUUGCUGUUUUCAUUUCCAGUUCAUAUCUAUUUGCCCUUUUUAAUGUGUCUUUUACUCUAUAGUCGCAAUUAAAGUUAAGUUAGACAUACAGUUAACAUUAAUGUAUGGCUUGAUGGGAUGAAAAGUGUCCUCAUGUUCUGAAAACAGCAGUGGAAGGAUUUAGUUUCAACAGAUUUGCAUAGUGUUCACCCAAAUAUUUGUGGACCAGGAACAACAAGUGAUGAUGUCAUGUUUGAAUGAUGAGGUAUGCACUUUUGACUUCCUGUCUUUAAUCCAACAUCAGUGGUGUCAGAGGGUAUAAACACUGCAUACGUCCAGCCAAGGCUCAUAAUUUUUUUUGCACAUGUUCACACAAAUGUAAGUAUUUACAAAAUUAGGGGAGAUAACUUGGUUGUUUGUAUAUCCAAAUUCUGAAAUCAGAAAUAGAAUUAUGUAAGAUCAUUUGCAUUCAUUGAGUAAUCUUAAGUCUGACUCUAAUUAAACGUAAGACUUUCAAACCACAAACAUUUCAGCAAUGUGAGGAGGGUUAGAGCCUUCUCAAUGACAUUGUAAACAUACUUUAUACUGUGAGAGUGAGGAAACAGCCCUUCAGGCAUGUAACAUGAGCUAAAUUAACACAUAAAAGGGCUAUUGCAUCAUGCACAAUACAUCUGUUUUGGUGCUCUCUUGUCCAUUAGACCAAAAGAAUUAAACAUCUCAUAUUCACCACCGGAUUCAUGUGCUAACUUACGUAACAGUCAAGGUUAUUCUGUUAGCCAAACAUACCAUUUGUUAAAUUAAAGGAAUUGUUAUAAGGGCAGAGAUGUCAUUGUAGCCUUUACUGUGAAGUGAUUAAAGGACCUGAAAAGCCCAUUUCUCAACAUUUCUGUUUUGAUUAUUUCACAUGAAAGAUUCCUGCAUGUGCAUUCUUGUCCUUGUUUUUCUCAUGGAUCUGAAGUGGGUAGGGAU